UUCCGGAUAAUCCGGAAAAACUUUUCGGGCAUAAAUCACAGCGAAUGUGUAACAUGAGAAAGAUAAAAUAAAUUAGUCAACAAAUGGGUGUGUGGCAUUGUUUUAAAGUCAAGUAACUGUGAAUGAAAAUAAAGUAUUAUGGAAUUUCAGUAUUCUUUAUGAUUUCAUCUUUUGCAUUUGGAAUCAACAGAAAGUUGAAUUAAACAAUUUUUUGAAGAUAUGGAUAAUAAAAAAUAUAAAGAAGUUUUGCUUAAAAUUGCAAAUAAUUUGUUGGACAAAGAUGUUAAAGCAAUUAAAUUUUAUUAUUCACAACAAAUUGGCUAUGGUUAUCUAGAAAAGAUCGAAUCUCCUAUUGAAUUAAUUCAAACUUUAGAACAUCGUAUGCUUCUAGGGAUUGAUAACAAUGUUGCUUUUUGUGAGGUACUUAAAAUAAUUGGAAGGAAUGAUCUGAUAAAAUAUUUUUCUGAAAUUUCAAUUUUACCUGAAAGUUUUACCAUAUUUUCUGUCAACAAAGAUAUAUCUGAGAUAUGCACAGCACUCAAAAGUUAUUAUCUUACAAAAUAUGGGAAAAUCAAUGAAAUUCAACCACCAUUAAAAUUACCCGCAAAUGUUGAUCUAAUGAAUAAAUUUGUUGAUCUAUGUAUCGUUGAUGCUGUUACUACUCAAAAAGAUGCUGUUUAUAGAAUUGAACGAAAGAAAUAUCUUGAAAAGCAAUUGCGUUAUACACCAAUUCCAUAUAGUGAAAUAUUUAUGAAAGAAAAAUCUGUAACAUUAAUAUCUGGAAUAGCUGGUAUUGGGAAAACAUGGUUGCUAAGAAAAUGUUUGCUUGAUUGGUCAAACGAUUUAAUUUGGAAAAAUGUCAAACUUGUAUUUUAUUUGGAAUGCAGGAGGCUGAAUCAACAUCAAAAAAUUUCUAAUAUUAAUGAAUUACUAAAUGUUUUCUACAAAGAUAUUAUCAAUGAUUUUAGUAUUAGUAAUCAUACUGCACUAUUUAUAAUUGAUGGAUUAGAUGAGUUUAAAUAUUUAAAUGAAUUAAUAAAUCCAAGUUUGAGUUGUCACUAUCCAAUCCUUAAUGCUUUAACUGAAAUUCAAAACUACAAAUAUGUAGUUGCUGGUAGAGUUUAUGCAAUUGAUCAAUACCAAAGUAUAUCAACAGAGCAUAAUGAUAAAUUAACCAUUCAAAUAAUGGGAUUUAAUGAAAAUGGAAUAAAUAAUUACAUAGAAAAUAAUGUUUUUGAGGAAAAAAAAGAGUUUGUGAAAGCAACUUUGAAGGAAUCUCCGAUUGCAAAAUCCAUGUCAUCUGUUCCAUUUUAUUUAUCUUCCAUGUGUAAAAUUAUUAGUGACUCAAAAAAUGAAGAUAAAAGUUCUUUUUUAACAAUGACAGAUUUGUAUGCAAAUAUUUUUUUAUACUUUUUGCAAAAACAUAUUAUCAAAAGCAAUGAAUUGAUUUAUCAGAUAAUGGAAAACGAUUCCAAUAAAAAAUAUGUUUUGAAUAUUUGUAAAAUUGCAUAUCAAUUGUUUGUUGAAAAUAAAGUAAUUUUUUCAAGAGAAGACAUUCAAACUUUUAUCGAUGACUUUAAUGAAAAUAAAGACAAUUUUUUUGGAUUUAUAGAAAGGAUUGAAACGAAUCUAGGUUAUUAUUAUCAAUUUGCACAUCUAACAAUAAUGGAGUUUUGUGUAUCUGUAUAUGCAUAUAAUUGUUUAAGUAGUGAAGAGAUUAUAGCUGAUAAAAGGUUGGAGAGUUGUUUAUCAAUGAUUUGUGGAUUAACCAAUAAAAACCAAAAUAGUUUAUUAAAAUUUCUUGUUAACUUGAUUCCAUCCAAGCAUUCUUCUAAAGAAUCUUUAUUGUUAUUUUCUAUUUUAGAUUGUCUACUUAAAUUAUCUCGUCAAAGUAAAGAAGAAAACGGUUUUCAACUUUCAAUUUUCAAACGAUUUCAACUUGAAACUUAUUACGUUAAGUUAUUCAUUGAAUGUUUUUAUGAAAGUCAAUCAUCAUUUACUGAUGAAAUAAAAUUAAUCGUCGAUGAACGAGAGUGGAUGAUUUCGAUUGACGAUGGAAAAACUUCUUACGAAACUUCUUGUGAAAAUUAUUUCGUAAAUCAUUACAUUAAAUCUGGAAGAAAGUUAUCGUGGUUAAGUGUUCAUAAAAAUAUUUUAAGUGAUGAAGAAAAAAAUCUUAUAAUUCAAUGUUCAACAAAUAUUCGCUAUGUCCACUUUUCUUGUCCAAUUAAAUUAGAAGGAUGGAAACCGAAAGAUAAGAUUGAAAAGUUGUGGAUAGACAUCUCAAGUUAUUUAAUAACGAAAAAAGAUUUUGAAGAAAAUUUUCUUCCGUGGAUUAAUCUUUGUGAAGAAUUAAGACUUUCACUUCACGACGACAUCGAUUUCAUUGAAGAAAUUUGUGAAUGGAUUCGUUGUUCGAAUCUCAAGAGGUUGUUGAUUGACUACCGUGGAAAAAAAUUUUAUAACCUCGAUGAAUUAAAAAACUUUAUAACAGAAAAAAAUAAACACGAAACACGAAAAAAAUGUUUAAUAUUUUAAAUAAAAUUGAAACAAUAAUAAAUUAUAAAUGAAAUA